UUCAUUUACCUUCUUAUUUUCUCCUUGUAAAACUACAAAAACUCUUUUCCGUUGCCGCUCGGCUAAUAAUUUACAGGAGACAAUCUCGCUUAACCUUUUAUUUAUUAUCUGAACAGUUCAUCUUUCACACUCGUUUACAUCUUUCCAUUUCUUCCAUUCUCAAGUAACAAAACACAAUGAGCGCUGAACCUCAAUAUUCUCCUACUCACAGUAGUAGUAACGAUGAUACUUCACAACCUUCAGUAACUAAAACUUUGGCUGCUGAUAAUAAUGGUGAUUCAAAACAGUCAACUGUUGUAAAAACGCCGACACAAUCGGAAAACAGAAAAUCGCAAUCGGGAGGCGAUUCAACAACAUCGUCCUCCGCAUCAUCUUCACAAGCUUCACAACAAGAUGCAGAGUCUAAAGAUUUAGAAGACAAGGUCAAUUUGACCCUACUUUUAGUUUCUGGCAAAAGACAUACAUUUGCUUUUGAUCCCACCGAUACAAUAACAGUGGUUAAAAGUCGAGUUUUUAAUAAUUGGCCCAAAGAAUGGGCCGAUGAAACCCCUGUGGCGGUGUCAAGUUUGAAGAUCGUGUACCAAGGUCGAUUCUUGGAGGAUGGAACCACGCUUGAAACAAACAAGAUUCUACGUGGACAGACCACUAUUGUACAUUUGACUAUAAAAAAUGUGUCGCAACAUGACAAUGAUGGUCCUAAAUCUAAAGACGAAGCACCAAAAUGUCAUUGCAUAAUACUGUGAUAGGCUAUUGAAUACUUUCGAAAAUAAUUAUUAAAACUAUUAUAAUUUUUGAUAUUUUUUUUUGCAGUCAGCAU